UAUAAAAUCCUCUAAUCGUGUCCAAAAUUCCAUGUAAAAGUGGUUGAUUGCCGCAUCAAUCUUCUUGAGCCCUCUUUCGUCGAUAUUGCAUUCAUGAAGAUUGUCUUAAAAUCCGCAAACUUCAAGAAGAAAGUUAUGAUCGAAACCGCCGCCGCCGCCGCCGCCAUUCCCACUCUCUCUGCUUCCUCCGAUGAAGAAGUGGUCGCCAAUAUAUUGCUGGAUCUACCGAUUCUCAUAGAGGCCCGUUUGCGGUGGGGCAACCAAAAGAGGAGAUCGGCGCCGGCACUGCCUCCGCCGCGGAGAACAGAGAGAGGGCCCAAAUUCAUGGUCGAGUCUUCGAGUCCAGCUACGCCUCUUUCUUUCCCGCCGAGUGAAUCCGACGAAAGGCCCCAGCAGCACAAGAAACCUUCCGACAAAAGGCGUGAAAGAGGUCAAAUCCAUAACAUAGGUUUGGAAAUAGAAAAAGCCCAAGAAAGACCCGGUCAAAUACCUUGUCUGGUUCAUCAGCAGGCGCUAAUUGUGAAUCAGACUCAGACGAUGUUUGGGGGUUAUAGGUUGGUGGUCCCACAUGAGUCAUCGGCGUUUGAUCCGACUACUAGGGUUGUGAUGUUGGCCCAUAUCAGAGCCAAAGCUGCUGAAGCACGAAAGCACAGAAUGGUAGGAAUCAAAGAGAUGAAGCGUUACAUGAAACCUAUAGCGAUUAAAUAAUUUUUGUCAUAUACUCUGUGUGUAUUGUAUUAAUAGGUGGCAUUAACAAUUAAGGACAUUGCAUUAAUUUUUUUGCCCUAAUUCAGAUUGUAGAAUUUGUUGCGGUCUUGUACACAAGUGAGUCACCUCAUGUUGAACAAAUUUUUGACUAGUUUGAUUCUCCUAUUGCUGUAUAUCAUUUUUUUUUUAAAGUCGUUUUCUAAUAUUAAUUUUGGCCUACUGUAGUAAUUUGUCAUGUACAAAUAUUGAUGUGAGAAUCGAACUAUUUGAAAGCAUAGUACGCAGAAUUAUAUAAUUUUGUACCAAAAUCAGAUUGUUUGGGA